AUGAUUAUAUUCGUGAACUUGAUUGUCGCUUAUUUUGCUCAUGCCAGUGACUUAGGAGGUGUUCUUUGUCGGCUACCUAAAGACGAAGGCUAUGAAUGUGGAACGGUUGGUGCUUCGUAUUCGGCGUUUUAUUUUGAUGCUGAUAUCGGUGAUUGCCUCGAGAUUACGUUCAAGGGAUGUGGAGGUAAUCAGAACCGCUUUGCCUCCAGGGAAGAUUGUCUCAAUGGCUGCAGGAGUUUAACUCUUUGUGGAAAAGGAUUGCCGCUUAUGGAUUUUGCCGGCAACAUAAAGCGUUGUGAUGCUGAUCGAGUCCCAUGUCCAGGAUCUCAUGAGUGUAUAGGACAUGGAAUGGAAUCUGUAUGUUGUCUGAAGCCAGAACGCAUUUGUCAGGCUUCGCUCAAUGCUGGCACCUCUUGUGGUGGACCUCCGCAGACAAGGUACUUCUACGACGCUCCGUCAAGAGUUUGCCGUCCGUUUACCUUUACUGGUUGUGGUGGAAAUGAAAACAAUUUUAAGAGCAAAGGAGAAUGCAUCCACUUUUGCAAUGCAGAAAUUAUUUGUCUGCGCGGAGAUCCUCAUCCUGAUAGAUAUUCUAUCAACAAAAUUGCUACAUGUACUGAAGAUAACCAGUGCCAGAGGAACUAUACCUGUACCCGACGAGCUGAUUUGAGGAAAGGAGCAUGCUGUCCUAGUAGAGAUUUUGUUUGUGGCUCUCCUUUGGCUGAACGCAGUAAUCGUAGAUUCCUCUUCAAAGAAAUGACCUGGACUUUCAACUACAGAACGGGAGACUGUGAAAUGAAAGAAUACGUACCCGGUGAUGAGCAAUGGAACUCCUUUGCCAGUCAGGAGCAGUGCAUAGAUUUUUGUGUUGGUACUUGCCCAAACCAUCUCGAGGUACAUUACAACCCUGUCACUGGUCAACCACAGUUAUGCGAUGCAAAGGCCAAAAGUGGCUGUCCUAUGGGUUUUGAAUGUGUGAAAACAUCUCCAUUUGCUGCAAUCUGUUGCCGUACUAAGCCCAUUUGCCCAGCAGCUGAGUCCAUAGCUCUUUUGAAAGAGUAUAUCUGCUGUACUAAGCCGCUGGAAUGUCCCGAUGGAAUGCAACCUUUGCGUGAACACGGUGGUCGUCCCCGUACCUGCACGAUUGGCGUUGAAGGCAACUGUCCAAGUGAUUAUGCUUGUGUGCUCGGAGCUGGAAAAAUGCCAAAUGGAGAGGAUCGACAUUUGUGUUGUAAACCUCAGAAAAAGUGCAUAGUCCCAUUUGUUGAUUUAGAUGAAAAACGACCCAAGAGAUGUUUCCCAGGAGAUCUAUCUUGUCCAUCGGCCACAGCUUGUCUACCUGUUAUCGAGGAGGAUGAUAACAGCACAUCAGUUUCCGAUGCAAUCUUCUUCUGCUGCCACAAAGUCGAUGUUUUCACAUGCAGUGAUUCAAAAAUGCCUCUUCUGGAUGUGACCAAUACGAAACCAAUGCGCUGUUCCCGUGCAAAUCCUCUGUCCUGCCCUUCCGAUUACAUCUGCGAGGAACUCCAAGAUGGUUCGAAUGCUUGCUGCCCAAAUCCAUUCUCUGCUCAAGUUUGUUCGGAGGCGGUAACUGAUGCCAACAAUGUCCCAAUCACUUGUUCGGGAUGGGAUGAUGCCUCGUGUUCUGAAGGAAGUUGCAGACGUGCCCUAGAUGGACGAAAUUACUGUUGUCGCUCCACUGUCGAAGGAGGAAGCAUGUAUGGAUAUCGCUAUGCCAAAAUGAGAUCGGACAUGCUGCACACCGCAGUCAUGUGGAAAAUGUUGAACGAAGCGAUGAAAAUUAACGAAACCGCUACCAGAGCCCCUCAUAGACAUCGAGGACCAGUAAGGAAUACCAAAAGGUUCCCUAAAUCCAUUCGCAAACGAUUGCCUUACUAUCUGAGAAGACUCGAAAACUCCAAAAAUUUAAUAUUUUGA